AUAAUCCCUUCUUCUUCAUUUUCAUUCUCACCCUAAACAACUCCAACUUCAUAAUCUUAUUCAUUUCUCUCACCAACUCUGUGUCUUUAGACUUUUAGUUCCCCUUUUUCCAAUGGAAGUUAUGGGGGGCUAACUUGGCAAGUUCUAUGGCAUUGACUGGUAUUUUGGCAAUGCAUAGAGCAAGAGAGAACUCUAUAAAGUUGCAGAACAUCACUCAUAUUGCCAUACGUAGUAAACAUAAACGUGAAAUUGGUAUGGACUUUGAAUCAGACUGGACAAGACACAGGAAGUCCUCUCCAUUUUCUGCUCAAGUGAUCCGUUCUGCAACUUCCUUUAUGCCUUGGUCUUGUAGAAUCCCAAUUAAUGAAGGAUAUCACGAAUUUCUUUAAUUGAAGUCAGUCAUAGAGAAGUUAUUACACCAUUUAUGCAAUACUGUUGAAAAACAGUCAUUGUUGUACAUGAUUUAAUUGGUUACUUUAUUUGGAUAAUGCCUGGAUUCAUUUCUGGAAAGAAGAGGUUCACAGAAGCAAACAUGUGCAUCAUCAACACUGUUAAACAGAAUUCAGUUAGUCUUUCAAAAAACGAUACUGGAUUUACUUCUCAGUUUCAUGAUGAGUCUCUCCUUCCUGGCUUACCUGAUGAUGUAGCAAAACUGUGUCUUGCCCUUGUACCUCGUUCUAGCCAUCCAUCUAUGGCUGGUGUUUGCAAGAAUUGGAGGUCAUUCAUUAAAGGCAAGGAAUUCAUAACUGAGAGGAAAUUAGCUGGUGCAGUUGAGGAGUGGGUGUACUUCUUGACUAUGGAUGCUGAAAGGAAGGAAUGCCACUGGGAAGUGUUUGAUUGUGUGGAACAUAAAUUCCGAAUGCUUCCACCAAUGCCUGGGGCAGUGAAGGCUGGUUUUGAAGUGGUUGUUCUGAAUGGGAAGCUACUUGUCAUAGCUGGUUAUUCAAUUGCCGAUGGGCCUGAUUCUGUCUCAUCAGACGUUUAUCAAUAUGAUUCUUGCCUUAAUAGGUGGAGCAAACUGGCCAAUUUAAAUAUAGCUCGAUAUGAUUUUGCUUGUGCCGCUGUUGAUGGCAUUGUCUAUGUAGUUGGAGGCUAUGGGGUAGAAGGCGACAAUCUAUCGAGUGCUGAAGUUUAUGACCCCGAAACUGACAAGUGGACUCUAAUUGAAAGCCUCCGCCGCCCUCGAUCAGGCUGUUUUGCAUGUGGAUUCGAUGGUAAGCUGUAUGUCAUGGGUGGAAGGUCAAGCUUCACAAUUGGAAACUCGAAGUUCGUGGACGUGUACAAUCCCAAGAGGCAUAGUUGGUGUGAGAUGAAAAAUGGUUGUGUAAUGGUCACUGCUCAUGCUGUGGUAGGUAAGAAACUCUUCUGUAUGGAAUGGAAGAACCAACGGAAGCUAGCUAUGUUCGAUCCAGAGGAUAAUUCAUGGAAGAUGGUACCAGUUCCAUUAACUGGUAGCUCAAGCAUUGGAUUUCGAUUUGGCAUACUGGAUGGGAAGCUACUGCUCUUUUCGUUGAAGAACGAACCUGAAUACCGUACUUUGUUGUACGAUCCAAAUGCAACACCAGGUUCAGAAUGGAAAACCUCAGACAUAAAACCAUCUGGCUUGUGCUUGUGCAGUGUGACCAUCAAGGUUUGACAAUGGAGUUUCAUUUUUAGGGUGAAAGACAACAAUUCACAUGGUUGGGGAUAUGCCAGACCCUUCUUAUCCACUUGACUUAUUUGUUUAGCAAAUUAGAUUCAUUCUCAAUUUUUAUUACCUGACAAUAAAUGAUUUCUCCAAUCAUUUACUCAUAAACAUCAUUAUUAUCUUAAUGAUCUAGUGGUGCAUCAAUACUCUGAUGAUGUUCUAAACAAGCCAAGAAUCAUGAUAGAUAACCAUGAGAAGAUUCUCUCAUGAAGUAAAAGGGUUAGAGGCAUCUAAUUCAGGUUACAUUGCUUUCAAUCAACUUCCCUGCUAUUCUUGGAAAAUGUUGAAAACAACAUUGUUAUCACCAGGCUGGUCGAAGAUGUCUGUUGAACCUGCUAAUCGCGGGUUGGUUACGGAGUUAAAAUGAUGGUUUUUUUAUGAAUCUGUUUGGGAAGAUAUUGGUUGGUAUGGAUAUCCAGCCUCUGCUGAAGGAAUUAGUAUUUGGAAGCUAAUCCCAUGUUAAGAAUGAUGCAUUAAAGAUUUAGAUUUGUACAUAAAAGCAAUGGUAAAUUGUGAAUUCAUAUACUUAUCCCUUUUAGUUAUUCUUUUGAAAGAUUGCAUUUGGGGAUUUCCUUAAA